AUGGUACCGAACCUUCGUUUUAAUAUCACGAUGAUUGUCAUUUGGGGUAUACUACUGACAAUACAUGUCGUACAGUUACUGAUGCGCCAAUACUGGUUUUCAAUCGCUUUUAUAUGCACAGGUAUUUUGGAAGUUCUUGGAUUUAUAGGGAGGACGUGGUCGCAUUCUAAUGUCGCCGAUAUGGACGCUUUUCUUUUGAACAUGAUUUGUUUGACUAUUGCACCAGUUUUCACAAUGGGUGGUAUUUAUUAUCAACUUGCAAAGCUUAUAGAAGUAUACGGCCACAGGUUCUCUUUAUUGCCCUCUCCAAUGGCGUAUUCUUUUAUUUUCAUAUGUUCCGAUAUCGUAUCGCUUGUGGUGCAAGCUGUAGGCGGUGGCCUGUGUGGUGUGGCGGUCACAGAUGGAACGUCCACAACAACCGGCAAUCAUGUUUUCAUUGCUGGUUUGGCCAUUCAAGUUGCAUCGAUGGCCAUCUUUCUUAUGUUAUGGUUUCACUUCCUUUUCCGUAUAUAUAUAUCGGUAAGAUGGGAACACAUAAAUUCUAGACCUAUCUCAUUGAGCCUCUUAAAGAUAUCGCAAACAGAAGUUGAUUAUUUAUACAGGGAAAAGUUCCAUUUUUUGAGACUCGAACCUAAACGUUGGGUUUUUCAUUAUUUUAAUCUGGCAAUAACCGUUGCGGUACUAACCAUUUUUACCCGUUGUUGUUACCGUUUGGCUGAAUUAGUUGUCGGUUGGGAUGGCUAUCUGAUCACACACGAGUGGUAUUUUAUUAUCUUAGAUGCAUUAAUGAUGGCCAUCGCUACGGUCACUUUGACCAUCUUCCACCCUGGAUUUGCGUUUAAAGGUAGAAGCACCUCGAUUCCAAUCACACCGGGCCAUGUUGAUCCUGAAACUUUACCACAUACUGACGAUGUUGAAGAUAUCUUAGAUACUUCGGAUUCAAAACAAUUUGAUAUUGAAAAGGAGGAAUUCCAAGCAAGCAUGAAAUACCCGAUUAGCACCUUCAAACAAUUCAUGUCCAAAAUAGCUAACUUGUUUUCCUCUAAAAAGAAGGCUAAACUUUAG